AGCUACAAUUUCGAUUCUUCCAUGCCUGAAUGUCAUUACCAUACAAUCAUUUGGAGUGAUGUCGAAGGACAUAAACGGCGAGGGCGCGAGCAGAGAAACGUCGUUCGUCUUCCUUCAACUGGUCAACGCUCUGAAGAGUCUUCAAGCACGCGGAAUCGAGGAUGCCAGCAAAUCUCUAAGCGACGUUGUACUUUGCAGAGAGGAUGUUUAUUAUCGACUGUACCUCCUACAAGGGAGGUUAAACAUAGACCCGAGCGACGAGUCUGGCGAGGAACGGGUCUCUUUGUGCGAAUGCGCUCUAAUAGCGCUGCAACAGUUGCAUCUGACGGACGAACUGCCUCUCGUACAAGAUUUACUGAUACGUGAGAAAGCGGUUACACUCUCGCAGGUGAAAUCCGUGUUGGAAUUCUCAUUGUGGGGCCCGGCCGAUGUGCCACUUGGUGGUCCACGGGAAAGAGAAGUGGCGCUUCAGAGAUGGCUCGACCUCGAACGAGCGAAUGUACUUCACGCUCUCAUCAAGACGAAGGCAGCGUUGACCGUUAUAGAUGAAUAUCAAUUAUUAUUCUUGGUACGAACUACUGCUAAAAUUAUGAGCGAGGCAUCCAUGCUUCUCGAUGAGCAGCGUAAGCGCUUGUCGCAAAGAUGCUGAUAUGUUCUGCGUCGUACAUGAUGAUUUGUACAAAUACCAAGUAUUUGACGAGAAAAAUUAAUAUUUAUCGAUAAGAAAAAAGUUAUUCAAAUGCAAAGAUAAUUUGUAACCAGUGUGCAAUAUAACAUAACACAGCUUUUCCUUCAUUUUUUAAUUAAUUAAUUACAAUUAAUUUAUGUUCCUCGACAUUGACGGAUUUUUUAAA